AUGUCUCCAGCAAUUGGAACGAGUUUUAAACCAUAUCAACCUUAUACGCACCGUCUGCGUAAAAUUCUUGAAGAAUAUCCUGAUGGUUCACAAGUUCUUCGUGAAAUUCUCCAGAAUUCCGAUGAUGCGGAGAGUACUGAGCAAAUUUUCAUCUUGGACCAUAAUACUUAUCCGUCAAAUAGUUUAUUUAAACCGGGCUUGAAAAAAUUUCAAGGUCCUGCAUUAUUAGCAAGAAAUAAUAAAUAUUUUGAAGACAGAGAUUUUAAGUCUUUGUUGAAAUUGGCUGAUAGCGAAAAAAGCGAUCAAUUUGAUAAGAUUGGAGUAAUGGGUGUUGGAUUCAAUUCAAUUUAUCAUAUCACCGAUUCUCCUACUUUCAUUACCGGUAAUAAUUACGUUAUUCUUGAUCCACAUGAGUGGUAUUAUGAUGGUGGUGAAAAAUUCGACUUUGUCAAAAAUAAUUUGGUUGAAGAAUAUCCUGAUCAAUUUGCUCCCUUUGGAAUCCAGUGCAAUGAAUCAUUUAAAGGCACCUUGUUUCGUUAUCCCCUUCGCACUGAAACCGAUUCUGAAAUCUCUACGAAAAUUUAUAAGCCUAUCGAAAUCUUGGAAAUGUUUCAGAGAUUUUACGAAAACAAAAGCAUUAAUAGCUUAUUGUUUCUAAAAUAUAUUGAGAGCAUUUCUUUUUUUGAAUUAAAAAAAGGUGCUACUGAGCCUGAAUUACUAUAUACAAUUCUAUUGGAAAAUGCCGAUGAAGUUCGAGAAAAACGUCGGUUGAUAGCAAAAAAAGUUGGACCAUUGAUGAAUUCAUUAAAUUCGGGUGAACUUAAUGGAAAUAAUCAAUUAUAUACGUCUUAUAUCGCAACAUUUUGUCGUCAAAAAGGAGAUUCUAAAGAGAAAAGGACAUGUUUGAUUUUGAAUUAUCUUGAUGACUUGCUCGAAACUGAAGUAUAUUUUCAAAGUAAUUUCAAUAGAAGCAUAAGAGACUACAAGUUUAUCCCCAACGUUGGUUUAGCCGUUCCUUUAAAUGAUUUGUCGGCUGCAGGAAGGUUAUUUUGCUUUUUACCUCUUCCCAUUUAUAUGCCCUUUCCCGUUUCUGUGCAUGGAUAUUUCGCGAAGAUCUUUUCAAAAAUUAAAGACUGUUAUUGUUUGAAAGAUGAAGUUUUAGUUUGUUUUGUUGCUCCAAUUCUGGAUUAUGAAGUUACGAACAAUAACUUUUUGAAACAUUUGAAAUGGAAUCUUUAUCCUGACGUUAAAAUUGUUUUAAAACAAUUAGAGUUUUGUCGUGAUGUAGCACAACCAAGGGAUAUAAAGACAAUUUGUAACGCUAUUUAUAAAUACAUGGAUGAAAUGUGUCAAUCAAGCGAUGAAACUUUUAGGAGAGAAUUCGAUUUUAUGAAGCAAAAAUUGGAAAAUAAACAGUGGAUUCUUUGCGAAAAUACAUUUUAUUCAACCGAUAGGGUUUUCUUCAACCUUUCAGACGAAUUUAGAAGUUCCUUGUUUGCCAAACUUCCUAUGGAUUACGCAAGGACUUUAUUUAAUGUUAUGGGGGUUCGAAAUGAAGUUGGAAUCAAGGAUUUAAUUUUGAUUAUUAAGAAUAUGAUGAUGGAUAAUGAAGAUAGAGAAUUUCCAGAAAACGAGAUAACAAAUAAUGCAGAUGACGCUAAAGCUACGCGGUUUUCAAUAAUAAUAGAUGAAAGGGAACAUGAUACUUUUAAAAAAUCUUUAUUUUCAGAAGAAAUGAAGGAUUGGCAAGGCCCUGCAAUUUGGAUAUACAAUGACGCUAACUCAAACAUUCUACCCUUGAUCGAACAUGGAGGUUAUGAUUGUGCUUUUCAUAUUACAGAUUUACCAAGUAUUGUAAGUGGGAAAUAUAUUGCAUUUAUGGAUCCAAAUGCAAAAUUUCUUCCGUCACCUAGAAGAAAUAAAGUUGUUAUUUUUGAUUUUAUUGAAACUGGCUUUAAAGAAAAGCUUCCAGAUCAAUGCUACCCUUUUGAAGCUAUAGAAGGGUGCGACUUUUUAAAAGAAUUUAAGGGAACAUUAUUAAGGCUUCCUCUUAGAACUCUGAGGCUUGCAGGGCAAAGUGAAAUUUCGGAAGAAAGUUUCAAAAUUAGAGAUAUCAUGGGACAAUUUAGAAAUGUUCAAGGUAAUAAAGAGAUUCUCUUUUUGAAAUAUAUAGAAUCUUGUAGUCUGUAUCGUAUUGAAGAACAAAAAGAAGCUCCUCAAAUGAUAUGGCAAGCGCAAAUUAAUCAUAUGUUGGAUACUUCUGGUACCGAACGCAAUCGCGUCAUUCGUAAAACUUUAACGGAUAGGGCGCAAAUAUACCAAUUUGGCAUUGAAAUUAAUAAUAUCCACUACAGAGUUUCAGAAAUAUGGCUAUUGUGUACAGGAGGACAUGACAAUACCAACUCGUUUCCAAAUCCUCCUGAAAUUAAAGGCGAAAUGUUUUCUCGUAUAAAUAUGCCAAUAUGUACCAAUUUGGGAGUCCACCUAAAUGGAGACUUUUCUUUAUCCAGUGAAGGAAGCAAUAUUCUGCAAGGUGAUAGCGGAAAAAGGGUAAUACCAAAUAAUACACUCAGUGCUUUUGUGAGUGCCAAUGAAUUAUAUGAUAUAAACGUACUUUUAUUCCAAAAUAUUUUUGCAGAUAAAGACAAAUUUUUACCAUUAGAAUUACUAAAUGAUCCUGUUUGUUUAAGAGCACUUGUAAGAAUUGGACUUAAAAGUCGAGUAGAUUGUAAUGCAUAUAUUGAAUGCGCACAAGAUAUUAAAUUGCAGAUUGAAAAUAAUGAAGAUUCUGUUAAAAAUCGAGCAAAAUAUUUAGUACGAUAUUUAUAUGAAAAUACCGAUACUUUGAAUUUAAACGAUGAACAAUGGGCAAAAAUUCUGCAAAUCAAAUUUGUUCCAUCGGAAAAGAAUUUAGAUCAAUUCUAUAAGAACCCGGAAAUAACUUCAGGAUUUGAAACUUUAGGAUCCCUUU